AUGGUGAAGAAGAAGAAGCCGCAGCUGAAAGCAAGCGUGCCGCGCGGCUUCGCCACGACCUCGGUGCCGAAGCGCGAGUCGACGCCCGAGCCGGAGCCGCCCGCGGCGCCGGAGCCCGCGGCGUCGGUGGCGUCCGAGCCGCCAGCACCCGCCGAGGAACCCUCGAGCGAGUUCGACGCCGAGGCCGCCGAGAUGCAGGCGCUGCAGGAGGUGGUCGACGCGGUGUACCCCAAGGUCGAGCGCGAGUCGGCGCGCAGGCUCAAGACGAUGGAAUUCAACCAGCGCCUCGCGAAAUCGCUGCCGCAGUGCAACGUGUCGCGCAAGCUGCGCAGCCAGGUGCUGGACUGGGCACUGGGGCGGUACGUGCCGGAGGAUCCUGCGGACACUGUCGGCGUCGGGAAAGGUGCGCCGGCUGUGCCUGCCGAGCAGCCGACCGAGGAGAAGGGGAACGAGACGACGACGUAUCUGCCUACGCCCGCGAUCCAAGAGGUGCUCGGUACGCCGCCGCUGCCGGACACGGAUGCCAAGACGCUGGAGCUUGCGCUGACGACGUGGGAACUGCUCAAGUCGCUCGGGUUCCAGCGCGAGCACGCAGACAUUGCCCUGGAGUAUGCACCGAAUCUCGACGCGGAAGAGUGCAUUGCCUUUCUCCUCUUUCACCUUCCGGAUGACGAGGUGCGCAAGCUGUCCUUGUCGACGCUUGAGCCGGCCAAGGCCGAGGCCAAAGAGGCGCUCGAGCUGUCGUAUGCAAGUGCGAUCGACGAGACGCAUCCGCCGAAGCACGCCGCCUACGAAUUCUCGCGCACCAACAAAGGCAGCAUGCGCCCGCUGAACGUGCCCGAAGCGCCCAAAGAGCGCGCGACGACCCUUGACGAGCUUCCGCGGGGCCUGCCGCUGGAGGUCUGGAAAGGGACCGAAGACGCGGUCGCCGACAUUCAGAAGCUCCUCGAUCCCGACUCGCCGUGGACCGACUUGAUCGAGCACCCGAUCGACGCAUACUGUACGGCCCGCAUCGCCCUGCUGCGUGUCGACCAAGAGAAAGCACGCCGCAAGAAACUCCUCGGCAAGGUCCUCGACCGGUACCUGGCCAACGUGGCCAACGAGGAGGGGGCGCAGCGUGCGUUUGCGCAGAUUUGCACGCGCGCCAACGACCUCAUGCAGCAGGCCGAGAUGCAGCCGGCCUUUCACAAGAAGGCCGCCGCCGAGCGCUUCAAGGAGCGCAUGCGUCUCCACCAGGAAAGCACCAAGACGCAGGUGGACGAGCGCACACGCCGCCGUGCCGAAAUCGAAAAGGCGAUGGCGAACGAUGAGGCGGACAUUGACGAGCGCAUGAACCGCCAAAUCGAGAUGCGCGAGGCCAAAGAGCGCGAAUCCCAGGAAAAGGAGGAGGAAGAAAAGGCGGCUAAGGCCGCGCAGGACGAGCUCGAUCGGCAGGCCGAGCAGGGCGACAAGAGCGACGGAAAAGAAGAGGGCGGCGAAUCCCUCUUUGGCGCGAUGCUCGAGGAGCCCGAGGCGGCCGCGGACAAUACACAGGUGCGCCUGCGCGAGAUUGCGCCGAGCCAGGGAAGCCGCACCCCCCGAGCGCUCCUCACCGACCUCUUGAAACAGAUCGAUCCGCACGCCUCGCAGCGCUUCACGCCCGUGUCCGGUGGAAGCGUGUGCCGCAGCCACCUCGAAGUGCGCUGGAACACGGGCGACAAGAAAGAGGGCCAUACCGUCGUCCUCGACUCGUACAAGCUCACGACCGAGGGCUGCGCCACGCAGCAGCUCGCCGACGACCUCGUUGCGACCGUCGCGCUGAACUGCCUCGGCCGCGACCGCCAGGUGCAGCGCACGCUCCCGACCGGCUUCCGUGCAUUCUGGGACGAGCUCGAGACGCUGCGCACCAAGGAGAAGUACGCCUUUCUCCGCACCGAGUUUGGGCAUGUCCAGGAGCUGCUGGAGCGCCGAGCGUCGCAUCCUGCGCCGCCGCGGCGCCAGCGCCGUGCGGCCAAGAAUGAGGGCACGUCGCGCUCGCAGCGCCGCAACGACAAGCCACGGCAACCGAGCGAGGAGAUCGCCCAGCAGUAUGCUGCGCGCCGUGCUUCCGAUGCGUACCAAGCGAUGCUGCCUGGUCGUGAGCAGCUGCCAAUCGCCAAGUCGCGCAACCGCAUUCUCGAGAGCGUCGCGCACUCACAGGUCGUCGUCCUCUCGGGUGAAACGGGCUGCGGUAAGUCGACACAGCUGCCCGCCUAUCUGCUCGAAGACGCGCUCGCGCGUGGCGAGCCGUGCAAGAUCUACGUGACCGAGCCCCGGCGAAUCUCGGCAAUCUCGCUUGCGGAGCGUGUCUCGCAGGAGCUCGGCGAGGCGCGCGGCGCGAUCGGUGGGCCGGACAGCUACAUCGGCUAUGCGAUCCGUCUCGACAGCCAGAUUGGACGCAACGCGCGCCUGAUUUACGCGACGACCGGUAUUGCGCUGCGCAUGCUCGAGUCGUCGGCCUUUGACGAGAUUACGCACAUUAUUAUUGAUGAAGUGCACGAGCGCUCGAUCGAGUCCGACUUUUUGCUCAUGGUGCUUAAAGUCCUGAUGCAGCACCGCCGCGACCUGAAGGUCAUUCUCAUGUCGGCGACGCUCGAUGCAGACCGCAUCAGUGCGUACUUUGGCGGGUGCCCGAUGCUCCACGUUCCCGGCCGCACGUUUCCGGUGGACGUGCACUACCUGGAGGAUGCGCUCGAGCUGUGUGACUACACACUCGAGCCCAACUCGCCGUACGUGUGGCGCAACAGCGGCAAGCAGAACCGCGUCAAAGACAAGUCGAGCGAGGGCGACAAGGACAAAGGCGACGACGAUGACGACGACGAUGAAGAGGAGGAGCGUUCGUCCGGCCUCGCUGGCGGCGUGUACAGUCAAAAGACGGUUGACACGCUGGCGCAGCUGAACGAGUACGCGAUCAACUACGACCUGAUCGCCGAGCUUCUCAAAAAGAUCUUUACCGAGCCGCGCUUCGACUCAAUGAGCCAGGCCGUGCUCGUGUUCCUGCCCGGUAUUGGCGAGAUUCGGCAGUGCCAAGGCGCGCUGAGCGGGCACACCAUCUUUGCGCCGAACCGGGUCCAGGUGCACAUUCUCCACUCGAGCAUUGCGCCGGAGGAGCAGGCCGAGGCCUUUUACCCCCCACCGCCCGGCAUGCGCAAGAUUGUGCUGGCGACCAACAUUGCCGAGACCGGUAUUACGAUCCCCGACAUUACGUGUGUUGUCGACACGGGCCGCCACCGCGAGAUGCGGUACGACGAGAAGCGCAAGAUCAGCCGCCUGGUCGAGUGCUUUGUCGCGCGCAGCAACGCCAAGCAGCGCCGCGGUCGUGCGGGCCGUGUGCAGCACGGUAUCUGCUUCCACCUCUUUACCAAGAUGCGUCACGAUGAGUUUAUGGACCCCCAUCCCCUCCCCGAGAUGCUGCGUCUCUCGCUGCAGGAGCUUGCGCUGACGCUCAAGGUGAUGCAGAUCCAGGUCGGCACGAGCAUCGAGGAUGCGCUGAGCCAGGCGCUCGAUGCGCCACAGGCGAUCAAUGUGCAGCGUGCCGUUGCGUCGCUGGUCGAGGUCCAGGCGCUGACGCCUAACGAAGAGAUCACGCCGCUCGGCCGCCACCUGUGCCACAUGCCGCUCGAUGUGCACCUGGGCAAGUUUUUGCUGAUUGCGACGCGCUUCCGCUGUGUGGAUGCGGCGCUGACGAUUACCGCGGUGCUGAACAGCAAGUCACCGUUCCUGAACAUGGGCGGCGGCCGCUUCCGCGAGACGUCGCGCUCGCACUUCAAUGCGCACCACAGCGACUUUUACUGCUACAUUAACAUGUACCGCGGCUGGCGCCGUGCAGUGGGCUUCCAGAAGGGUGCGUCGUUCUGUGCGCAAUACUCGCUUUCGCAAGACAUUCUGUACCAGAUCGAGGAGCUGCGGCAGCAGUACCUCUCGUAUCUGGCCGAUACGGGCUUCAUCGAGCUGAGCAAGGAGGUACGCAAGGACCUCUCGCGCAACCGCACGCGCAACGGCCGGCCGCGCCUCAUCGAGGUCCCCGCCGAGCUCGACACGUACGGCGAGUGCGUCCAGGCCGUGACGCUGGCGAUGGUCGCGGCGCUCUAUCCGAAGCUGCUCAUGAUCGAGCCCAAGUCGGACCAGAUGCGCACGCUGACCAACAACCAGCCCGCGGCGAUCCACCCCUCCUCGGUCAACUUUCGGACGUACCCCUCGUCGUUCCGCUCGCACUUUGUGUUGUACCACACGAUCAUGAUGUCGAAGCGCCUCUACGCGUGGGACACGGCGUACGUCAGCGACGUCAACGUCCUGCUUGCCGGUGGCGAUGCCGAGUUCAAGCACGCGAGCCGAUCGCUCUUUCUCGACCACAACCGCGUGCGCAUGGCGACGUUCGACGCCAAGUCACUCCUUGCGCUGCGUGUGCUGCGUACCGAACUCGCACGGAACCUGCAGGCAAGCUACAACCACCCUGGCCUCGGCUGGAGCGACGACGAGCAGGCCGUCUUUGCUCUGACGCUCGAGGUGCUCGGCGCGUCGCACCGGAUGGCAACGACCGGCAAGCCGGAAGAGGGCAAGGGAAACAUGUGGUAA